GCUUUGCAUUAUUUCGAUUUGCAAAUUUUUUUAUACUUAAUUAUACUUUAUUUUUGGGAAUUCAAAAUUAAACAAAACUUUUUAAAAUUUAAUAGAAAUCCGAUGUUAUUUUAGCUUCAAAUUUCAAGUUUUAUAAGCAAGAAAAAAUGAUUUUUUCCAUAAAAGGAGCAAUCGUCACCGCCUUACUGUUCAUGUUCAUAUUCAUCCCAGAGAAUGAAGUGAAUUCAUCACCAGAAUCUGAUGCCAUUAAUGACUGGGCUGUUAAAUUUGGCGAUGAAUUAUGGGAGCUGGCAGAAAUUAUGACAAAAGCAAGAGAAAUAAAGCAGCGAUAUAAAUCUUUCAAUGCUCGAGUAGAGAGAAAAGACGGAAAUACUUUAAUUGAUUCAAUCGUUGAGUCAAUUGGUCGGAUGUUAAAUAGAAAAAUGGAUGUAGUAAAAUGCAUUGUCAACAAAUCUGAAGAAUAUGCUGCAGAAUUUCAUUCAAGAGACAUGCUUCAACCCAACUUUACAUAUUAUUCAAGCAAAUUCUCACUGGCAAAUGGAAGAAAUCUUACGAAUCAAAAGUAUACUGAGAACACAAAUGAUUCACUCGGAAACUACACUGAUAUGUUCUUCGAUCGUGACUCGCAUUUCUUUGAUUUAGAAGUAAACACAACACACAGUUCAGUUCAUGUUCCAACAAAUGUUUUCGAUCAAGGACCAGAAGCAGCAGAAUUCAUUCAAUGGUCGGAAGUUCUUGACGAAGUUUUCACUCAAAACUAUCAAUCGGAUCCCGCGUUAUCGUGGCAAUAUUUUGGAAGUAAUACUGGAGUCAUGCGCCACUAUCCAGCAAUGUCAUGGAAUCGGAACAAAACAGACAUUUACGAUUGUCGAAAACGAUCUUGGUUCAUUGAGACUGCUACAUGCUCAAAAGACGUUGUAAUUCUUUUAGAUAAUUCUGGUUCGAUGACAGGUUAUCGUAAUUACGUGGCACAAUUAACAAUCAAAAGUUUACUCGACACAUUUUCUAACAACGACUUUGUGAAUAUUUUAAAUUAUUCUAAAACUGUUCAGGAACUUGUUCCAUGUUUUAAAGAUAUGCUGGUUCAAGCAACACCUGAAAAUAUUCGCGUGUUUAAUGAAGAAGUAAAAGAAUUAAAACCUGACGGUUAUGCGAAUAUAACGCAAGCUCUUGAAAAAGCUUUCCAACUUCUGGAAAAGUAUCGACACAUUCGAAAGUGUAAUGAAUCAUCAACUGGAUGUAAUCAAGCUAUAAUGUUGGUUACUGAUGGCGUUCCAGGGAAUGCGACAGAAAUCUUUGAGAAAUACAAUUGGUUUGGAAACGACACGAAGUCUUAUCCAGUGCGAAUCUUCACAUAUUUACUAGGAAAAGAAGUGACAAAAGUGAAAGAAAUUCAACUUUAUGCUUGCAUGAAUCGUGGUUACUAUUCACAUGUGCAAUCACUUGAUGAAGUUGCAGAAGAAGUUCUGAAAUAUGUUAAUGUUGUUGCUGCACCACUCGUGCUUCAAAAGGAAGAACAUCCACCGACAUGGACUCAUGCGUACAUUGACACAACAUAUGAGACUGAUAUCACAAAAUUGACUGAUGAUCAGCCAGAUUUUCGAAUGAUGAUUGCUGUUGGUGUGCCGGCUUAUAAUCUUUCGUCUUAUGGAACUGGGAAUUUUACAGGAAGACCGACUUUAUUGGGUGUCGCGGGCACUGACGUUCCUGUAGAUGAUAUUCGUAAACUUGCUUUACCUUACAAACUCGGAGUCAAUGGAUAUUCAUUCAUUGUUUCAAACAAUGGCUAUGUGCUUCUUCAUCCCGACUUGCGACCUUUCGAUCAGAAACAUCCUGGAGAACUCAAAGAGAACUACAACAGCAUUGACAUAACAGAAAUUGAACAAAUAGAUGAAGAAUUGCCACCACGUGUUCCAAGCGAAAGUCUUUUGGAGCUGCGUAGAAAUCUUGUUGAGCAUAAGAAAGGUCAAAUGAUUGGAAUUCCUGUUCGCUUUCAUUAUGAUAAAAUGCGAAGAGUUGCUCAAAGCAAGCAAGAUUUUUAUUUUGCGCCCAUUCCACAUACACCAUUUUCACUUGGAAUAGCUCUUCCCCAUGAAUACGGAAACACUUGGAUUAAAGUUGGAGAUGAAAUUCAAAGAAAUAAUUACACAAAAAUCAACAUUUCUGACUUUUUUGUUGGCGAGAAUUGGAAAAUUCAUCCUGAAUGGGUUUAUUGUCGUUAUCAUUAUCAAGAAGGUCAUGAAUUUUCAUCAGCAGAACUCGAGUUGAGACAUUUCUUAAGGAAAAUUAUUGAACCCAAUUGGAAAUGGUCAGUGCAGUAUGAAGGCGAUUCAAAUUCUGACAUAGAAAAGGAAAUUGAUGAAUUGAACUGCGGUCGUAAAUCUUUAGAUGAUGACGCAUAUUAUUGCAACAAAGAACUUGUUGAGCUUUUGGUGUUCGAUGCAAAAGUUACCAAUGACAGUUACCAAUCGUGGACGUUCAAGAACUAUUUAGAAAGAGAAAUUGUUGAAACUUAUAAUGCGACAGUUCGAUUUGUGGGAACAAUGUCUGGAUUAACGCGAUGGCAAUUUAUCUUUGGGGAAAUUGAAGUUGAUACUGACAUGGAGUUUGGAGAUUUCCAUUCAAAGGCCAUCAAUGAAGCUUGGUAUGAAAAUGCAAUUCUACAGCAUCAAAUUGACAAACACAGUUUCGUUUAUUCUGUACCUCAUCAUAAUGAUGAAAUGGAAGACACUGAAAUUAAAGUGACUGCAUCGAUGGCAAUUUUCCCACGCGAUGGAGGAACGGAAGCGCCAUCAUGUGUUGUUGGAUUUCAAUUCGAUCACGAUCUCAUGUACCAAAGAUUUAUGGAAAUAACUUCUAAAAUUAAAUGUGACGAUUGCAUUAAAACUUGCGGCGAUGAUGAACAGGUUUGCUAUGUCAUCGACAACAAUGGCUACAUCAUAAUCUCUGAGGAGAAUGUAACCGACACUGGAAGAUUCUUUGGUGAAGUAGAAAAGCCAAUCUUGGAGUCAAUGUUGCAUGCAAAUAUAUUCAAAAGACUGACGAUUUAUGACUUGCAAGGACUUUGUAAAAAUGUUACGGAAGUUCAAGAUGAUGACGCGAGCGCCAGUCCAAGUUUAUUGACGCCAUUUAAACUGUUGAUUCUGGGCUUCAAAUGGAUGAUGACUGAAAUGAUAGUUGAGUUUUCUCGAAUCAAAAUGUGGGCGAUGACAGCUUCCAUAGAGCAUUCAUAUGAUGAUGCUGAUUACAGGGAUGUGGGAGGCGAAAAGAGAAAAACUGUAACAGUUAAGAAGCCCAAGAAAAGUGACGUGAUUACGGACGAAGAAUGGUUUGCAUUACAAAAGGAGAAGCAGAAGCAAAAUGAAACAGUUUACUAUCCAUGUGAUAAGAAGUCGGAAUUGUACGUGUUACAAAAAGAAUUCAUUUUGCACAACCGCAGUUAUUCAAUGGAUGUUCCAAUUAAUGACUCGAGACCAUUCUUUGUCACCAUUAUCCCCAAUUCAAAUUUACUGCUUGUUGUCAUAAACAAGAUUAACGAUCCAAAAGACGAUGAUAAAAUGUUAGAUGAUGAAGACGAUGAUGAAAGGGAAAUACUUACAACUGAACCAGAAGAAAUGGAAACUGGCGUUCAAUAUGGCGUUGAUCAUCCAUGUCAUAAGCUUUACAUGAAUACGUUACCACGACGUCGCUUGGAUGAAUGUUUUACUGAACAUCCUGAUGAAGAAGAAACGGCAUACUGUGGAUCCUCAUCACGCCUUAAUUUUAUUUUAUUUUUAAUGUUAUUGCCCUUGUUUCAUCUCACGAUUUAUUGUUUCAAGUGAAGAAAAAAAGACCUUUAAUUAAGAUUUUUUACGGCGGAUUAUGUCUCUAAAAUGCUUUUUAUUAUCAAGUUAUGUGCACGCGGAAGUCUGAACAUGAACUGAUUUCGCUCUUGACAUUUAAGGUUUACUUUAAGAAGCGAAGAGAAAUGCCACAAUUUAGUAAUCUGUUGAAUUUUAUGAAAUUAUUGCGCAAUUUUAAAAAGUUAUUAAAUAUUUAAAUUCAAUUAGUCUUCGAUAUUUUCUAUGUUUGUUACAAGUUUUUAAAAAAAGAAAAUUUAGAAUGUUUAGCUAAAUCUUGGAAGGUGAAUGUUAAAAAAAUAUAUUUGUAUGUCUUGACCUUUGACCUCGACCAGAUGAAUUGAUGAAUACUAAUCAAUCAUACCUGUCCUACAUCUUACAGAGUUAUAGUUUUUUUUAAGAUGCAGAAGUGACUUUAAAACUUUUACAAUGAAAAAUCAGUCAAUCAAAUUAUCUCAAAUUUACAAAACAUAAAGAAAACUUUAAUUAUAUUUACACUUUCAUGUAAACAUGUAAGUGAAAGCAGAAAAUGUUUGUUGAACUACAAUUUAUUUGUAGUAUUUUUCAAUUUUUCUAUUGAUGUUUAAAAAUAUGUUCUUGAUAGCUUCUUGAUGUCGACUGGUCAAAUAUAUUUCUAGUGACUUUUGAAAUGAUUUUUGGAAUUUUAAUAAAAGUCAAGAAUCGAAACU